GCGACAUUCAUCGACUUCUCCGGACAAUUCUUUGGGACCCAAUCUGGCAUCACAUCCCUGUCCGGCCAAUUGUGCCAAUCAUUCUCAGCAAUAGUUAACUUUAAAGCCAUAUUUUCAUCAAACCGUCAAAACAAUAGAUUUCAAUUAUUGGACGGCAUUCGGUCUAUACUGUCCUUUUGGGUGCUUCACAAUCACGAGUAUUAUUUAUCGAUACUUCCCAUGCACUCCAACGACUCCAAAGUGAGCAGGGGCAUUUUCAACUCACCCACUUAUAUGAUAUAUUUACGUAUAAUUCCCGCGACAAUGGGUGCCAUUCUUGUGAUCUUCAUUUACCCACUCAUUGGAAAUGUGCAAUUUCUCCAAUUGGUGAGCAAACAAUUGACCAUUCUCAUUUGUAUAACGUAUAUCUCCACUGACUUUCAGCUCUAUGCUGUGGCGCCGGCGGUAUUCCUAGUGAUCUAUCACUGCCCUCGACUCGGAGUGGUGUGGAAUGUAUUGGCAAUAAUGUUAGGCAUGUUUCUAUGCAUAAUGCCCAGGGUGAUUCGGGGCAUCGCCUACAUUCUGGAAAUGCCAUUCGGCGAAUCUCUAUGGGCGGGAACCCGCGCUAUGCAGGCCUUCUACUGGCGACCCGACACACACGUCAUCACUUACAUGAUAGGCAUUCUCUUGGGUUAUCUGAUCCGCCGGAAGCCCGACCUCUAUCUCGGCGGUCGAGUCGGCGAAACGUUUCUGUGGAUCGCGUGUCCGACCAUUUCGUUUGCGUCCAUGUAUUGGACGAACCAUUUGUUUGAUUCAUAUUAUCCGUUGACUUACACUGAAUUGUUGCUGUGGUUGGCCUUAUCUAAGCCCUUGUUUAUGAUGGGCUGGUGUUGGCUGUGCUAUGCCUGCGCCACAGGCCGUGGAGGUUUUGUGAACAAAUUUUUUGGUUGGAAAGGCUUUUCAAUAACUAGUAAUCUCUCGUUUGAAGUCUGUAGCUUGCAUGUAUUGGUCUUACUAUACCGACCGGCCGUAUCCCGUGAGCACAUCAUAUACACUAACUAUUAUUUGUGGACAAUAUCCAUGUUUGACUAUGUGGUCACUCUACUCAUAUCUGGUGUGUUUUAUGUCAUAUUAAGCGGACCGUUGGCUAAUUUGGUGAACAUAUUAAUGGGUAAUAUGUUUGAGUCGUUGACUCCCGAAGACUGGGAACAGGAGAAGAACCGAUCGGUGAUCUACCAGAGAGUGGAUCACAUCAACCAAACCAUUGAUAAACUCAAUCGUCUGAAGAAUAUAACCGACAAAAUAAGACAAACUUAUGAACCGAUUGUCCAACGAUUGGGAAGUCGUUUGAGUGAAGUAUUGAUGGAAAUUGAUUUACCAAAUGAUUGCAUGAGAUCUUUGAUAACAAUUAUGACGGGAAUCAAAGACCAGAAACGAUGGGUCAAACCGUGUAUUCAGAGAGCUGUAGAAGAGCCAUAUAUUGGAUACGACGAGUGCCUGGAGCUUAAGGGCCCCGAUUCUGAGCUCAAUAAACCCACGUUUACCGGUCAGUACUGUUGGCUCGGAAUGACUAAUACAGUGUUCAAUGAGCGCACAUAUGAUGAGAUGGGCGAAUUGAUAAAUUGGACCAUGAUCAAUGCUUGGUUAGAGGACAGAACAGCAAUAUUGGAUGGCAUUCGGACUGUACUGUCAUUUUGGGUGCUUUACAAUCACAUCGCUUUCCUGGACUUUAUACCGAUUACAUCCAAAAGUUCCUCCAAAUCAAUGGCCAAAAAGAUUUUUUUCUCGUAUUCACACUUUUUCUACAAGAAUUUCCAUCUCAUCGAAACAUUCUUCUGCAUCGCGGGUAAAUACACUAUUUUCCGCCAACAAUGGGCGCUAUAUUAU